UGGUCCCGGCAGCUGCGUGGAAGAAAAAAAAAGAAAAAAAGAAAAAGGCCAGAGAGAGGAUAACGAAUAACGGUUCACUCCAAUAUUCAGCAAGAAAAUCACAUUUCAUCCACGCGUCUGCUCCUGACUGUGACGAUGCACGCGUGAACACACGCGCUCAGAAGCGGUGACGCGGUGAACAUCUUGUGGGGGCUGACGGAAGCAAGCGGUCCACCAUUGUUUGCGUAGGAAUAAGGAUGGCCUGGAUGUGGAAGAGGAAGUCCUUGAUCGCCACCUGUCUGAUCGUGGUGGUGUCGCUCUUCGUGGUCGUGGUGAAGCAUUCGGAGAACCCGUACUUCCUCCUGCCGCCUGUUUUCGGUCAGGCGUUAAGUAGCCACAAGCCUCACCUGGGCUACAUCAGCAUCUCCAAGGAUCCAGCAUCUCAGAAGCCCCUGAAGCUGCACUGUGAUCUCUGCAGCAUUGUGUCCAGCUCUGGCCAGAUGUUGGGGCAAAGCGCUGGCCCACAGAUCGAUCGUUCUCCCUGCAUCUGGAGGAUGAACAACGCGCCGACUCGGGGAUUUGAGCACGAUGUGGGCCACCGGACGACGCUGAGAGUCGUCUCCCAUACGAGUGUCCCCCUGCUGCUGCAGAAACCCCAGUACUUCUUUGGGCAGGGCAAUGACACCAUCUAUGUUGUGUGGGGGCCGCUGAGAAACAUGAGGAAGGAUGGGAAGGGAAUUGUGUACAACAUGCUGCGUCAGGCUGUGGAGAACUACCCGCAUGCACGCAUCUACAUCACCACAGAGGAAAGGAUGAACUACUGUGACACGGUCUUCAAGAAGGAGACAGGCAAAGACAGGAUCCAGUCCGGCUCUUACCUCAGCACCGGCUGGUUCACCCUCAUCCUGGCCAUGGACAUGUGCAAAGAGAUCCACAUCUACGGGAUGAUAAAUGACACCUACUGCAAGACAGAGGGCUACAGAAAGGUCCCUUACCACUACUAUGAGGCCGGCAGCCGGGACGAAUGUGCAGAGUACAUGCUCCAUGAGAGCGCCCCCUAUGGCGGACAUCGCUUCAUCACGGAGAAGUCUGUGUUUGCCAAGUGGGCCAAGACUCACGCCUUCAAGUUCUUCAACCCGCCGUGGCAGCUGUCAUCAUCGCCGCCGUCAGUAAAGGAGCAGCUGAACGUCUACACUGACAGAAAGCACGUUUCCUAAUGUGAUCAAAUCUCAACGUUCUCGCCACAUCCACGUAAACAAGGGUUGCUUUUCUAACCCAGUUUGGUCAGAAUCCAGACUCUUGACAGUGACCAUUGAAUCUGACAGAUUUCCGUUGAGGUCUGAUCGAGCGCGCAGACUGCAAAAACAUAUCUCCUGCUUUUUCUCCUGGAUCUGAAAACUGAGGGACGUGCACAGCGCGCUGCUCUGUGUUGACUAAUCUACCCGUUUGCUGCUCUGUGAGUUCAGCAAAGGAUCGCUCCAAGACUGACUUUGAAUAAAAUAAACAACAUGAAGAUGAAGAAAACCAUCCGUCAAAUUGGCCGCGGGCACUGUACACUACAAAGGCUACAUUUACUCUUUCCUUUUUUUUUUUUUUGGUAUUUGAAGAGGAGUUCAGCCGCAGCGUGGACGAGUCACGUUGCCGCCGACGUCUGAUGAGCCUCGCCUGCUCCGUCUCCUCCUCAUGACCAUCUUCUGUCAGGCGGUAAUUAAUCUAUAACGAGCAUUAAUCAGGCGCUCAUCUCCGACUGAGGGAGUAUUGAGAGCAGAUUGUCUGUCAUUUUUAAUUUUCCUCUGCUUGGUUUAAAAGACGCUUGAACAAAACAAGGUCAUUUAAAAGAAAAAAAAGGAAAACACAAGGGAGCAAAAACCUGCAACAUGUACAUAUAAAUCAGCUUUUUAUAGUUAUGUUUGUUUGUUAUACCGUGUGUUUAAUCACACGACUCCAAGAUGUCACCACUUUUUAUACAGAAUGAAAAUUGAGUUUUAAGAGAUGCGUUUUGGUGUUUGCUUGAUGACCAGAUGUUGCUUUAUUUAUUCUGCAAGAGAGGAGAACCUGAGGCUCUGCGAGCGUGUGCCAUUGUCAAUAGAAGCAGCACAUAGCAUAUAGAGCAAUGUGCAAUUAGAUUCCCGGCCCUUAUGGAAGGAGUAAAGUCAUUUGUGACCCCACUGAGGGAGAGAUUUAUGUUUGCAGUGAAACCAUUUGAAGUUAAUUGUAUUUUAUUAUCAUUCCGUGCCUGCAUUAUACUCUGCAGUUUGUUGUGUGGAGACGGAGGGAGACCGUCUCCGUCUCAGUCAUCCUCUCGUUCGGCUUUGUGUGCCUCUUUGUGCGCGGUGUCACUUUGUGAACACAUCGUCCCCCGUUUGUCUUUGGACACAGUGUGCGCGCCGUCCGCUUCAACCGUUUUACAUUUGAAUGCGUCUGUUCCAGGACAGUGAGGAAUCAUUAGUGAACCAGUGAGGUGUGGAGGUAUAGGCCCCCCUUCUCUCACUCUCUCUGUGUCUCCAGAACUGUGAUUAGUGUCCUGGUCAGAGACGCAGCUUAAAGACACGACUGGGAGGAUUCACAGACUUCUAAUUUAGACGAUUUGAUGCACACACUCCCUGAUGACUGUAAUAUACUGCUGCUGAGCUUUACUAUUAGGGCCAGAUGAAAUUGACUGCGCUCAGUGUCUUUGCAUUUCCACAUGUGCGUAUAUAUAUAUGGACAUAUAUAUAUAUAUAUAUAUGUAUAUAUAUAUUCUGUCCAUACUUAAAUGUGUCAGUCCAGCAUUCCACAAAACCAGCCUUAUUUAUAUGUCCUUGUAUUGUUUAAACCCUGACUUGUACAUGUGUGGGUCCUGGUGGACAAGUUUCCAAGGUUACAGUCUUCUCCAUUGUCUUCUUCAGCGUCCCUCCAACGGGACUGGAAAGCAGAAUCCAAGUGGACUUGUGGAGGUUCUUAAAUGGACGGAUGUCCACAUUUCUGUCACACCUCUGCGGAAACUAUGACCCAGCUUUCUGCUGCAGUGCACUGUUUACAAGCACACGGCGACAAUCCAUUACUCUGUCGCGAAUGAGCGGGUGAUUUACGAGACAGAAGACGUGAAGCGUGUUUGUUAAAAGUGUUGAAGUGUGAGAAUCGUGGGGUUUUUUUUAACUUGGAAAUGAACGAGCGACAAAUGUUUCUUCACAGUUUUCAGUUAAAAAAUCAAAACUAAAACGUGAUUGCGACAGUUUUAGUAACACUGUUCAGCGAAGGUAAAUCCAGCCUGUGCAAUGGAAUCAAUAGUGAACCUAAACUAUCACAACCACCAAACUUAUGUAUGUAGAACAAUAAUGUACACAGUGAGAUGUGAUCAGUAUUGGGACAAGUAUAGUUAUUUUUUUCCUAAGGUUUUACAAAACUAUUAUGUCAUAAGAAAUGAAUUUACCAUCAAAUACUCUUCAAAUCACAAUUUGAAAUAAUAUAACGUAAUUAUACCAUUUAACCUAUUAAUUAUAUGAUAUGGUUUUAACGCGUCCAUUCAAACCUCAGUUGAACAACAAUAAAUUACUAAGAAAAAGAACAUUGUACAUGUGAGUUGUUGAUUCCUGUUUGAGUCACACGUGUGUUUGUUUUUCCCAGUUUACUGAAAUGGUUACAAUGAAAAUGAACGAGUUACGUGAAACUUUUAAAGCGAAUUCAGUCGUGUCACAUGUCUCUAUGAAACCCCACAUCACACAGUCAGACACUAAAUGAGAAUAAAAACAUUACAGGGCGAGGAUCACAGACUCUUCCUGUGCACAGCAAAUCUGUUUUGACACCACAAGGCGUGCGGUCAACCUCUUAUUAAAGUCAACUAUUAAAGUGCUGUGGAUGAAAUGAAAACUGACAUAUCAACAUAAAUGUAAACCUCCUCACAAAUAACAUUGGAAGGUCCAGCAAAGUGUACCAGUUCUCUCAAAUUUAGCCCUGUUUUAACUCUUGGACUCUGUUCUGACCUGUAAAUCCUCCAAAAUCCAGCUCCUGCUGCAUAAUAUUUGAACUAUCACUGCUUUUCCCCGUUUCCCAGGCAGGCAGAGAAACUCACUGGCACCGACUUAUCGAGAAUGUCCUACAACUAAGAGCUCAGUAACCCUGUGUGCUGCCGUCACCUUGUCACUCGAUGUAAAUUUGGACGACAAGAGUGUCAGCAAAAUGUAAAAAUUCCUCCCAGUGUCACUCGACAGAUUACAGACGACCGGAACACGUUCGCGGGGUCACAGGUCCGAUUUCCUGCGGGACACGGCGAGCACAAGGCGGAUUUCAGUCCCAGCACUGCAGCACUCCACUGUGCACGUGACCUUUCCACUCAGUUAACAUGGCAGCUUCACACCAAUCGCUUUUACCUCUUCUCUACAGCGUCACCACUACGGAUUGUAAAUCGCUUCACGCCAGCAUUCGCACAUUUCCUGGGAAAUAGGUUUGAUUCUUAGAAAUAUUGUGCAUCAUUUAAACGACAAAUAGGAAAGUAUUAUUGUAAUAUCAUCUCAUUUCCAGCUGUAGUCUGAGACCUUCACAUGGAAUCUGGGGAUCAAAAUAGGUCACUUUUGGCAAUUACCAUGUUAUGACGUUGAAAAUUAUCCUUUUGACUCACACAUGUGGUUAUUUCCACAUAUAAUUAAAACUGUUUGGUUUGACUCACUUUUACAAUAAUAUUUCAAUUUAAAGUUUAAAAUCAACUCAACACUGAAAUACCAGCCACAGUGUUUGUCCCUUUCUUUCAUCUCCAGUUUCUCUCCGUUUGUUGUUGUUUGAAUACAUUUUUCUUGUUGUUGUUGUUGCUGAUAAUAAUGCAGUAGUUUGUGCGCAGCAUUGGUUUUCUUCUGCAGGUCACGCUUUACCAACAUAUUCAGGCGGUGCACUCUGUUAUUUUCGGACCAACAAACGUUCCGUUGUUCUCGGCUCGGUGCGAAAAAGAAAACCUUGGAUGAGUAGAACAGACAAUUAUGGUGAAUACGCCCACUUAUAUGCUCUUAUGAAUCAUUUAUGGCUCCUGAGAAGGCAACGAGACACAUUCACUUCAUUAUGCAGCAGUAAAAAAACAUGUAGAAUGCUGCGUUACAGCAGAAAGCAUUACAAACCUUUGGGAUUUAAUAUUUUACAAAAAACACACGCAAAAUCAGCCCACCUCACACUCAUGUAAUUCAUUAUUCACCAUCAAUGGGUGAAUAAUGAGCUUGUGUGUGUUCUGUAUUUGUGAAAAUAGUUUAAACCGUACAGAGUGAGGACAUUCUGUCAAAGUGAGGACAUUUGUGUCUAGUCCUCACAUCUUUAAAGGGCUUUUUGGGCAUUAAGACCUGGUUUUUAUGGUUAGGCCAGUAAUCAUUAUGGUUAAGAUUAGAAUAAUCCAGUCUUCAUUGAAAACUGGUGGACUUCAGACGUGGAUUUCCUUCUCAAACGUUUACUUUUGCUUCUGUUGCGUUUCAUUCUGCGAUCCGUCGAGAUCAGUUCUCAGAUUCUGAAGAACUCCACUGACAAACUUCUUCAAUCCACACUUGACUCUUUCCCCUUGUUGUUAAGCUGUUGGUCAAAUGCCUCAAGUGCUUUUUCACAUUGAGGACCUUGUUCAAAUUUUAUUUUCUUGUUCCCUAUUAUUAUUUUGUGUUAUAAAGCACUUUUCUUUAUCAUUUUCAGGUCAAGUGUCCUUGUGAAAUGUGUAACUAUGGGUGUGUUUGACUUACAGAAUGUAAUAUAACACUGAGUUUGUUAUGAAAUGUAAGAAAAGCUUCUUUUUUUUUUGCUAACACACUCAUUUUAUUGGUGUCCAAACACAGCAUGUAUGAUUGCAGGCUAUUGAAAUGUACAUUUUCUGUAAAACAACACGUCUUUAUUAUAUGUACUAUCCUGUCAUUUGCUGUCUCGCUAAAAAUAGAUAUAUUAUGAAUGUCCUCAUUUUUUUCUUCUUUUUUUUACCGAUGUGGAUUUUGUCGUCUGUCUUUUACUCACUGUGGGGAUUAAACAAAAACCUGAAACUGG